AUGCCAACUACUUGUGAAUUUGAAUUGGAUCGUAUAAAUCCAAUUUAUUCAUCGGGAGAAUAUAUCAAUGGGCGGAUAUUAUUGCGUACGGAAAAAAUUAAACGUGUAAAUGCCGUCUAUGUUACGCUGGAAGGAGAGGCGAAAGUUCAAUGGUCGAUUAGUGGUCGAGAGUCUGCGAGUUAUUGUGGCCACCAACAAUAUCUGUAUUCACGUGCAAAUGUUUUCGACAACUCCGAUUUUGCCGCAGGUUUACAUGUGUAUGUCUUGACAUUGCGUAUACCACCCGAUUGUCCCUCAUCCUGCAAAGGACCCUAUGGUUAUAUAGCCUAUAAUAUAUCAUUGGUUAUAGAUAAACAAAGGACAUUUGAUGAAGUGUUUCGUAAACCAAUUUGUGUUGUACAAACGUUGGACUUGAACUUCCAUCCGGAGUAUGCGUUACCCGUCAAAGCGGAAAAUGUCAAAUAUCUAUGCCAAUGGCCCUGUACCUCGGGUCCCCUGUGCUUUAGCCUCAUGUUGCCCUAUGCCGGUUUUGUACCCGGCCAACACAUCAAAUACUUUCUUGAGCUAGACAAUCAGUCACCGCAUUAUGACAUUGUAGGCGUGGAGGCGUCCCUCAAGCAACAUUACGUAUUUUUGGCGCGUAAGCCGAUGAAACGCAAUUUCCACACCAAAACCUUGGUGAAGAGCAGCAUCGAGGAGAGUACACUGCGCCUGACCAAACGUCUGUACGAGGGCACCCUCUAUGUGCCAAACGACAUACCAAGGUCAACGCUGAAUCUCAAUUACAUUGUCUUCAUACACUAUAUGCUGCAGGUCAAGCUGAAAACGGGUGUGUUCCACUAUGACACUGACAUUUCGGUUCCAGUGAUAAUUGGCACGGAGCCAUUGCGCCAAUUUCAAGAGGAACAACAGAGGUUGCGACGGAACUACAAUAGGAAUUGUAACAUUUGUACGGGUAGCAAUAGCAGCAAUCGAAGUGAUACGGCCAGUAAUCAUAGUUCUGGAUCGGGUAAUUUGGUAACAACGCAACCCACAAUGAGAUUGCGGCGAGAGUUGGAAGAACUAUUGGAAUCUCAGGAGCAGGAAGAAGAAGAAGUUAUGAGUGGUACACAUUUGAAAGAUUGUUUGGAUGAUGAACCGCCGUCAUAUGACAGUUGUUUGCCGCCAUCAUUUAGUUUUGCCACCACAAUGGGAAGCCAGGCUGCCAUGGAAGUAUCGGAAAUAAAACGUACCGAACAGCAACGAAUCAAUAUACAACUGCCACAAUUUCCUGGUUAUAACACCUUCAAUUCGCACACCCAAUCGCCAUGCUAUCCAUCCGAUUCGCUGCUGGAAGAUGAACAUUUUUAUAAUUCGUGCCGAUCGUUGAUGACAGAUCGUACUGGGAGAUCAUUGGAUACUCUAGAUGUUCUUAGCAAUGAAGAACAUGAAGAAGGGGACGAUGGAAAUGGAGAUGCUAAUGAUGAUAAUGAAGAAGAAAAUGACGAUUGCGAUGAAGAGAAUGCCGAAGAUGAAGAAGAGAGGGCUGAAAAUCUUCCAAGUGAGAAUAGUGUAGAUGAUGAAGGGGCAGAUGGAAAUAUAGAUGAAGGCAAUGUCCAAUUAGAAGACAACAAUGUCGCUGCUUGCGAAGUUGUAGAUGGUAAUGCAAAUGAAGACAAUUAA